GUUGAAAAAUAUUAAACGAUAUUACCAAGUGUGGCAUCGACAACGGCAACGCUGACGGUGAUCAAUCUGCUCUGCCGUGUAAGUUGAAAACCUCAGUUGGAAGCCUGAAAGCAUUGAAAAUACAGUAAAAGCUUACAAGAGCUUUUAUAAUAAUGCGACACGGUAAUAGCAAUAAAAGCAACGGGUACCUGGUGCACAAUGGCGGUGAUGCGCAACGUAGUUACUCAACUGAUGGUGAGGAGAGUCAUCAUGCUACCUCCGUAAGAACUUCAUCAGAAUAUGCUAUCGCCCACAAGCCCAGCUCUGUGAUUAAAAUCGUGGUACCUUCUCAACAGAAAAGUCGCCGGUCGACUAAUGAAAGGGAUAACGUUAAACGUGUACAUGUAUCACGGAAUGGACGUACUGGUUCUGAUUUAUCGAGAGACUCUCCGCCAAAUAAUAAUAAUAAUAGUAGUAAUAAUAAUAAUAAUAAUUUUAGCAAUAAUAAUGAUAAUAAUCACAACAAUCGGCAUAAUCAGUCAAACAAUGGUUCAGAAACAAAUAUACCAAUUUUUAUUACCAACAGUAAUUACCGAACAACAUCAGAUAUUAGCCGCGGAUCACGUCACAGUCCGGUGCCCAGUUCAAGAAUAGAUGACAGGGCGCCCAGUCAUUAUAGCUGUGGAUCUGCGAGAUCUGGUGGAUCGACCGUAAAGACUAAAACCUCCCGGCAUGGCGGUAUCAUUAUUGAAACAAUGUCCACUCCCAAUCCUUUUUGUCCGAACACCAAGGGAAUGUGUUGUCUCAUGUUGCUCUUAAACCUCAGUCUUAUCCUUGUCACACUUGGCUUCGUCAUAGUUACUCAAAUAUUCCAGCCGGUUAUUGUCUGGAUCUUAGGCAUUGUCUUUGUCAUUUUUGGAUUCUUAACACUCUUAGGUAGUAUGGUAUACUGUAUACAUGUAUGCAAAAAUUCCAAAAAUCCUGGUGAAAUAGAUCCAGAAGACUUUUAUUGGACGCGUUAUUGGCAAGGUCAUGUUGGCUCAGCUCCAGAAAUUCAUUACAAGGCUGAAGGAAAGUAUCAAGAUGACGGAGGAAGUGACCGAAGUAAAUAUUCGGUUAAUUAUUCAGAACGUCGCAGUCAACGAUAUUAAAUUUAAAUCAAUUUUUAUUUAUUAAAUAAAACAUUUUAUUAUAAAGACAAAAAACUUUCCUAUUUAAAAAAAAAAAAAAAAAAGCAGGAACAAAAACUUUUGUUUGUUAUGAAUAUAUUUUAAAUUAAACACACCAAAUCGGGUACUCGACUUUUUAUGUCUGGUAUCUAGUUUUUAUUUUUUAUAAACGCAAGUCAAAUUAUUUUUUCACAAUGGCUUGGUAUAACAAAUAGACUGGUAUAAUGUGCCGUAACAAAUAGUUUUUAUUUUUUUUUUAACAAAUAUUGAAUUGUUUUACAGUAAAUCAACUUCUUCUAUUUUUAAUAACUCAUCAAUUAUUAUUAUUAUUUUUUUUUUUUUUUUUUUAUUGAAUUAAUAUUCAUUCAAUAGUUUUUAUUUACAAAUUGUUACCAACAUCUU